ACCCAAGUAAUCAAGACAUGGGUCUUUCAUAGGGGCUGGGAGCAGUUUCUCAAUAACCUUACCACCACUAGGAUGCUGAUAAGCCAAAAAGUGAAGCUUGGGGAGACUGUUAAUGAAGUGCCUUGGAGAAGAUUAAGCAUGCUUUACCGUAUCCAAAACGAGAGUUUUCUUUGUGGAAGAAAGCGACUUGUGUCCUCCCCAACAUCACACACAUACUUUCCUGGCAGGCCCGCUGGGUUUCCAAACAUUUCGUCACCGUCUCGUCCUGACCUUGGUGUGAAAGGAACGAGCCGCGUGGCCUGUUGGUUCCAGCAAAGCCAUCGGGGGCGCUGGCCUGGGCUGGGGGAGGGUGGCGACUGACUUGGGAGUGGAGGUGAGGUCUGCUGGAAAUCCCCAGCCUGGGCAGCCGCCGGAGGUUUAAAGACGCCUUCUCCGGCCUUAUUUGGUCGCAGGAAGUGGGCGGCGCCGGGCCUGCUGGCUGAGAGGCAGACCCGAGACAGUUGUGCUGAUGAAGUGGUAGAGCUGGUUCCUGCUCGCGCGCGCGCCGGCCCGCCGCUGGGCGCUCCGCGCUCCCAGCCCCGAGUUGUGCAAUCCUUUGUAGCACGCCAGAGAGUCCUCCUCCUUCGCUGUUGCCUCUCGCCCUCUCUCUCUCUCUCUUUUUUUUCAAGCUGUGAGCUCAACCGAUGAGUCAGAGCAGUGCAAUCCUGACACUGCAUCGCAGGACUGGGGGGUGACACGAAGGGAGGGAGAGCGACCGCGAGGCGGACACCACGGGCGCGGGUUGCGCCGAGGCUCCUGUGCCGGGAGCGAGGGGUGACAGCCCGCGCGUCCCGCCCGGGCCCUGCCAGCAAACUUCCCGGCCUCGGGAGGCGCGAGCUGGCGGAAAUUCUGCGAGCGCCGCGGGGAGGCGGCGGCGCCUGUUUGUUUUUAAAAUCGGGAGUGCGUGCAGGCGGCUGGAGCCUGGGAGGCGACCGAAGGCGGCGGCCCGCGGCGGAAAGGGGACAGCCGAUGCCGGAGCUCGGGUAGGAGCAGGGCUCCAGGGCCCUGUGGAGCAUCAUGAACUGGGAAGAGUAGAGGAGCCUGAGAGCCUCUCUGCAAAAAGGAAGGAAGCGCCAGCAGUUCUUUCUCCCUGUGCCUGACCGCAUCAUCCAGCGUUUCCUCUGCCCCCUCUGGCUGCUGGACUAGGGCCAAGCUUCCAGCAGGACCAUCCCCCAGGGGAUGGGCAACUGGUGAAGUAGGUCUCACUGCCGGGGCCCAGUUGGCCACACCAUGAACCUCCAGGCCCAGCCCAAGGCUCAGAACAAGCGGAAGCGUUGCCUCUUUGGGGACCAGGAACCAGCUCCCAAGGAGCAGCUCCAACCCCUGCAAGCACCACAGCAGCCCCCGGCCCCUCCACCGUCCAGAGUGAAGGAGGAGCCUUACUUUGCACACGAGGGUCCGGCAGGGGCUGCCCCCGCCUCCCAGCCUGUGGAACUGCCCCCUUCCAACAGCCUGGCCCUGCUGAACUCCGUGGUGUACGGGUCUGAGCGAACCAUGUUGUCUCAGCAGGUGGGCUCGGUCAAGUGGCCCAACUCUGUGAUGGCUCCAGGGCGGGGCCCGGAGCGUGGAGGGGUUGGGGGUGUCAGUGACAGCGGCUGGCAGCAGCAGCCCGGCCAGCCUCCGCCCCACUCGACGUGGAAUCGCCACAGCCUGCCCCUUUACAGUGGACCCAAGGGAAGCCCUCAUCCUGGCAUGGGGGUCUCCACCUACUAUAACCACCCUGAGCCGCUGAAGCGGGAGAAAGCAGGGGGGCCACAGCUGGACCGCUUUGGGAACGCUGUGCGGCCAAUGGUGCCGCAGAAGGUGCAGCUGGAGGUUGGGCGGCCCCAGGCACCCCUGAACUCUUUCCAUGUGGCUAAGAAGCCCCCGAACCAGACGCUGCCCCUGCAGCCCUUCCAGCUGGCGUUCGGCCACCAGGUGAACCGGCAGGUCUUCCGGCAGGGCCCAUCGCCGCCCAACCCCGUCGCCGCCUUCCCACCACAGAAGCAGCAGCAGCAGCAAGCGGCCCUGCCCCAGAUGCAGCUCUUUGAGAACUUCUACCCCAUGCAGCAGCCACCCUCUCAGCAGCCCCAGGACUUUGGCCUGCAGCCAGCCGGGCCGCUGAGUCAGUCCCACCUGGCUCACCACAGCCUGGCACCCUACCCCUUCCCCCCAAACCCUGACAUGAACCCAGAACUGCGCAAGGCCCUCCUGCAGGAGUCAGCCCCGCAGCCUGUGCUACCUCAGGCGCAGAUCGCCUUUCCCCGCCGUUCCCGCCGCCUCUCUAAGGAGGGCGUCCUGCCUUCCACCACCCUGGAUGGGGCUGGCACCCAACCUGGGCAGGAUCCCGCCAGCAACCUGUUCCUGCACCACUGGCCCCUGCAGCAGCCGCCACCCGGCCCCAUGGGGCAGCCCCAUCCUGAAGCUCUGGGAUUCCCGCUGGAGCUGAGGGAGUCGCAGUUGCUGUCGGACGGGGAGAGACUGGCACCCAAUGGCCGAGAGCGGGAGGCUCCCGCCAUGGGCAGCGAGGAGGGCACGCGGGCUGUGGGCACAGGGGACUGUGGGCAGGUGCUACGGGGUGGGGUGAUCCAGAGCACUCGACGGAGGCGCCGGGCAUCCCAGGAGGCCAAUUUGCUGACCCUGGCCCAGAAGGCAGUGGAGCUGGCCUCACUGCAGAGCACAAAGGAUGCCAGUGGCUCUGAGGAGAAGCGGAAAAGUGUAUUGGCUUCAACUACCAAGUGUGGGGUGGAGUUUUCUGAGCCUUCCUUAGCUGCCAAGCGAGCACGAGAGGACAGCGGGAUGGUACCCCUCAUCAUCCCAGUGUCUGUGCCUGUGCGGGCUGUGGACCCAACUGAGGCAGCCCAAGCUGGAGGUGUUGACGAGGAUGGAAAGGGUCCUGAACAGAACCCCACUGAACACAAGCCGUCGGUCAUCGUCACCCGCAGGCGGUCCACCCGUAUUCCCGGAACUGAUGCCCCAGCUCAGGCUGAGGACAUGAACGUCAAGUUGGAGGGGGAACCUUCAGUGCGGAAACCAAAGCAGCGGCCAAGGCCUGAGCCUCUGAUCAUCCCCACCAAGGCGGGCACUUUCAUCGCCCCUCCCGUCUACUCCAACAUCACCCCUUACCAGAGCCACCUGCGCUCCCCUGUCCGCCUAGCUGACCACCCCUCCGAGCGGAGCUUUGAGCUGCCCCCCUAUACACCACCCCCCAUCCUCAGCCCUGUGCGGGAAGGCUCCGGACUCUAUUUCAAUGCCAUCAUAUCGACCAGCAGCAUCCCAGCCCCUCCUCCCAUCACGCCAAAGAGUGCCCAUCGCACCCUGCUCCGGUCUAAUAGCGCUGAAGUCACCCCGCCUGUCCUCUCUGUGAUGGGGGAGGCCACCCCAGUGAGCAUCGAGCCACGGAUCAAUGUGGGCUCCCGGUUCCAAGCAGAAAUCCCCUCGAUGAGGGACCGCGCCCUGGCAGCCGCAGACUCCCACAAGGCCGACUUGGUGUGGCAGCCAUGGGAGGACCUAGAGAGCAGCCGGGAGAAGCAGAGGCAAGUGGAAGACCUGCUGACAGCUGCCUGCUCCAGCAUUUUCCCUGGAGCUGGCACCAACCAGGAGCUGGCCCUGCACUGUCUGCACGAGUCCAGGGGAGACAUCCUGGAAACGCUGAGUAAGCUGCUACUGAAGAAGCCCCUGCGGCUGCACAACCACCCAUUGGCAACUUAUCACUACACAGGCUCUGACCAGUGGAAGAUGGCUGAGAGGAAGCUGUUCAACAAGGGCAUUGCCAUCUACAAGAAGGAUUUCUUCUUGGUGCAGAAGCUGAUCCAAACCAAGACCGUGGCCCAGUGUGUGGAGUUCUACUACACCUACAAGAAGCAGGUGAAGAUUGGCCGCAAUGGGACACUAACCUUCGGGGAUGUGGAUACAAGUGAUGAAAAGUCGGCCCAGGAAGAGGUUGAAGUGGAUAUUAAGACUUCCCAGAAGUUCCCAAGGGUGCCUCCUCCCAGAAGAGAGUCCCCAAGUGAAGAGAGGCUAGAGCCUAAGAAGGAAGUAAAGGAGACCAGAAAGGAGGAGGAGGAAGAGAUGCCAGAGACCCAGGAGAAGGGGGAGCAGGAAGAGGGGCGAGAGCGAAGCCGGCGGGCAGCGGCUGUCAAAGCCACGCAGACACUACAGGCCAAUGAGUCGGCCAAUGACAUCCUCAUCCUCCGAAGCCACGAAUCCAAUGCCCCUGGAUCUGCGGGUGGCCAGGCCUCAGAGAAGCCAAGGGAGGGGCCAGGGAAGUCACGUAGGGCACUUCCUUUUUCGGAGAAGAAGAAAAAACCAGAGCCAUUUAAUAAGAGCCAGAAUCAGGAGAACACUUUUCCGUGUAAAAAAUGUGGCAGGGUGUUUUACAAGGUGAAGAGCCGCAGCGCUCACAUGAAGAGCCACGCCGAGCAGGAGAAGAAAGCGGCUGCUCUGAGGCAGAAGGAGAAAGAGGCCGCGGCCGCUGCGGCCACUGCGGCCGCCUCCCCCCACCAGCCGGCCCUGAGGGAGGAGAGCAGUGCGGGCGAGAGGGGCUGACGCCCGGGGCUCCGGGCCCUGCUCCAGCCUGAGACGCCCUGCCAGCACUGGAACCUCCGGAGGGAGAGAUCACGUGGACUUGUCUCUGCAAAACGGAUACAAUUAAAUAAACGGCUCUUUUACUUAUACAGGGCCCAGGAGCAGUGUUAAGGGCUGCAGGAUCCAGUUCUCUUGCAUUUGGUUUGUCGGAAGUUUCCCUCGUGCUUUCCUGGGACUGGGAGAGUCCCUGCUCGCUGGGGCUGCCCCUGGGGAGGGGCUCCAGCGCUGCCACCGCUGCCUCUCACAUGGACCUCUGCCGCCACGCCACGAGGUCGCUUCUCUCCCUCUUUGUUUCCCUUUCUCCCUUAGGUCACCAUGGAGAGACGAGCACAAGCGCGCCCCCUAGGCAGCAUUAAUCCCCCGCCCCAGGGGACCUGUACAGGCCCUGCCCUAAGCCCCGGAAAGAGGGACUCCGUAGGAAGGAGUGUGGUGGCCAUCUCCGAGAGGGAGCUCAGCCUGGCAUCUGUGCUGUCUCCCGCACGGCAGUGUCCAGGCCAUGCUGCUCCAGUGACUGUGUCCUCAGAGAGGCCACGUCCUCCGUGGGAGGGAGGCUGCCAGAACGGGUGCAGGGAGAGAGACCAGGACUGGUACCUAUCCCUUUGCUGCUCGCUAGCAGCCUGCUGGGGCUGGAAAGUUUUCUCAGAUGUUUGGGGAAGGAGCCAAUGUUCUUUGCAAGCUCUCAGCCUGCUGGAGGGAAGGAAACUGUGCAGAGGAAGGAAGCUGCAGGGCUGCUACAGGGCUAGGCCUGAGGGAGCUUUUGAUAAGCCUUGGCUUUUCCUGCUUCCCACCUUUUUGCCAAAUACCUUUGGGCCCUGGAGGCUGCUAAGGGAGCUUAGCCUAGGCCCAGCCUGCUCCUCCUUGGUGCAAGUUUCCUGCCUGCCUCUGUCCUGCCCUUGGCAGCUGCCACCUAACCCCACCCCACCUGGUCUAGUGCUGAUAUCCACAGCUCAGCCCUCAGUCCUGCAUGCUGGAGAUUUCUGGAUCCUUCCCUGGGAGGGGGAGGUCUCCUAGCCAGAUGGGACAGGAGCCUUCAUUCCUUGACUUGUGUCAUUUGGGAGCUAUUUAUUUAUUCUUAAUAUUUAAUUUUUAACAUCCUCUCAGGGACCAGGGGCUUCCUCCUUUCCAGAGGCCCAAGUGCAUUUAUCCCAAAACAAGGCACCUUCUUGGCACCACCCUCCCUCCCACAUUUCCAAGACCCUAAAGUCCCUCGUUUUGCCAAUAGGAAUGAUAGUAGCACUGAAAGAGGGUGGAAAGGUGGAAGAUGUCGCAAAGCCACACGGAGACUAGCAGGAUCAAGGGAGAUCAAAGGCAGUUCUUGUCGCUACCUCUUCUUUGGCUGUACUUUCAAGUAGCUUGAGGGGAUUGGCUGGAAGCCAGAUUCUGGUUUUGUUUCUGGCUUGAAGAAGCCAUAUUUGGUGUGGAGUCACUGAAGUGGAAGGGCUGGAAGAUUCUGGAGGUCCCUUCACUUGCCGGUCCCAUAGGAGAGCUGAGUUAUUUUUCUGAUCUUGCUAUUCAACUUCAGUUGUGUAAAAGAAGUUCUAAGUGAAUCCAUGUUAGGAAGGAGCCAAAAAGUAUUCAUUCUGCUACCCUUCUGAGAUAGCCUAAAGGCGUCGUAUUGGUAGCUGGGAGUGGGGAGGGAGUUUUAUUUCUAAACUAUGCACUAUCAGGUAUGUGUUAGCAUUCAUUUAUGCAUUAAUAUGGUUAUACAUGAGCCCAGCUAUGGGAGUUAACAAAAUUCUCCCCCCUCCCCAACUCCUGAUGGCUACCUAGACCUCUAACUUCCCAGUUAGUUUCUUCCACAGGCUUUUACAAGCUCAACGGCCCAAGACUGCAAAAAUCUGGUAUACCCUCCAAAAACAGGAGGGUAGCAAAUUUAGGCUCUCUUCUAAAUCACAUAUGUAAUAUGAGUGCCUUCGCAGCUUUGCCCCAAAGUGCUACUUAUGUUUCCCAAGGUUUUUUCUAUUUAAACCGUAUUUAGUUUCAGGCUUCUUUUUUGGACAUGUGGUAACAGAAACCUCCUUCGUCUAGAGUGAUUCUCCUAAGCUCACGGAGACCAGACCAGGUGAAUAUAGGUGGAGAAAAUCAAGAUGGUACCUCUCUGUAUUAACCCCACCCAACACCGUAUUUUAGAAGGGUUUAUGCUCCAGAAUGGAUUUAUAGCUAGAAUGCAGUGUAAAAGGUAAAAUGUUUAGAGGGCAGAUGCAAUUGUGGCAAGUGACCUGCCAAUAAAGUAGGUGCAGCCAUAGAAGCUGGCAUAGGUAUAUCCUUUAUGGUGCUUUCUCCCUGUGAACCAUUAGGCUACUUUGUUUUUUCUUUUUUCUUAUAUUCAGAGCUCUUUGCUUUAAGAAGUUAAAUGACAAACACCUUCAGCUUUAUAAUGUCCUCCCCACACCAUCUCACAUAUCCAUCUCUCAGCCUCCAUCUACACUCAGCUAAGGGCAUGAAACUAACCUAGUGCCUGUGUUCUAGACCGUUUCUGAGGUCUCUUACCCACCCACGGAGACAGUGCUUCAGCACUAUCCUCCAUGCCUUCAGCAGCCCCCCUCACAACUAAGGUACACACCCAUCCCUUUUGCUACCCCACUUCCACCCCUGGCACAGAGGUCGUGUGCUGCUUACGUCUAAAGGGAUCCCCUAUAUUUAACUGCCUCAGUGACCUAACCUCUUUCUUCUCACGUGCCAGAUGUUAAGAUGAAGGAGGAAUACAACACAUACUGAAGCCUCAGCUAUUUAAGUAUGUUUUUACUGGGGCUCACGUUUCUGGGACGGUAUUUAUUACCAGACUGGCAAGCCUAACUCCUUAGGUUUAUAGGAAGUAUGCAUAUUUUUAUAAAACAAUUGUAUGUCCUCCCCAUAUUUUUGCUGUGUUAAGAUUUGCCUCUAACAAUUUGCAGCUGUUUCAAUUUUUCAUUCGUCUCUCAGUCGAAGGCCUUGUUGGAGGGGACAGAGCACAGGAAUAGCCUUGACAGUCUGUAAUUAUUGUACAAAUAUUUUAAUAGCAUAUAAAUAAGUAUAUUCCUUUUAUUUUGAAAAAUAUCAGACACUGCCUUUUGUGUGUUUGCUGCCUGUGGCACCCUUUUUUAAAAAGACUGUUACAUAUUAAAAUAGUGUACAUAUAUAUAAAUAUUACCUCUUUUGCUGUACAGUUGUGAUAGACCAGACUGAAGAUUUUAUUUUUUGUGUGCUUUUUAUAAAAAAAAAUUAACACACUAAAGAAAAUCUUGCUGAUGUGAUUGUAAUGUACCUAUGUAACUUAUUUACUUUUGAACGUUCUUCUGUAUCUUUAAACCUUUUAUUAAAUAAGGUU